GGCCAAUCAAGCAAGCUGGCCUUUCCAUCACGACGACGAUGAACUCGAAGGAACGCCGCCCGACGCUGCUGCAGCACUGCGUCGCCGGCAUCGUCGCCGGCGGCUUCAGCACGGCCGUGCUGUACCCAUUGGACCUCGUCAAGGUCCGGUACCAGGUCCACGAGCAGUCGCCGCGUGCGUACAAGUCGCUGUUGCACGCGUUCACGUCGCUCGUGAAAGGCCCCGGCGCGUCGGCGUGGCACUGGCGCGCCAUGUACCAAGGCAUGAGCCCGGCCUUGUACGGCACGACCAUGUCGUGGGGUCUCUACUUUUACUUUUACGAGCAGGCCAAGACCAUGUAUGCCACCUCGUCGCUGCCGCCGUCGAUCGGCCACUUUCUCUCGGGCAUCCAAGCAGGCGUCAUGUGUGUCCCGCUGACCAACCCGAUCUGGCUCAUCAAGGUGCGCAUGCAAGUGCAGGGCACAGCGGUGCCGUACAAGAACGUGGCCGACGCGUUCAAGCGCAUUAUUGCCGAAGAAGGCGUCCGCGCUUUGUACAAGGGCGCUGUGCCAGCGCUCUUUUUGACGUCCCACGGCGCGUUCAAGUUUGUCGCGUACGAAAAGCUCAAGUCCGAGUACACGUCGUACGUGAGCCGUGAUAUGUCGAUUCCCGCGUCGCUGACCAUCGGAGCGCUUUCGCAAGCGUUUGCAUCGACCGCCACGUACCCGUACCAAGUGAUCAAAGCCCGCCUCCAGCAAGGUGGACCCGUCGCGGACAAGUACACGGGCACGUGGGACUGCACGAAGCGCAUCAUCAAGUACGAAGGCAUGCCGGGUCUCUACAAGGGCUUGACGCCGAAUUUGAUCAAAGUGCUUCCGAACGGCGCGCUCAUCUUUGCCGUGUACGAGUAUGUCUCCAAGCUGCUCAUGCAAUCGUCGGAUUCGAACGUAAGCGUCUAAAGACUAGAAGCGCAUAUUAGUAGUUGAGGACUAGAAUGGGAUAAUUCUAUAUGGAUGUCUGCGAACCGAAUGUGUAGUGCAAUAAUGGGCGAUGAC